AUGAACGGAUCAACGCACAGCAAUGUCCCACCGGCCGGAAUCUGGGCGCCAGCUGUCACCUUCUACGACAACGAUGAACUGGACCUCACCUCCCAAGCGAAAUACUACAAGUACAUGAGCAAACAUUUGACGGGUCUUGUGAUUCUGGGAACUAAUGCGGAGACCUUUAUGCUCACAAGAGAUGAGAGGGCGGCGUUGUUGAAGACGGCGAGGGAGGCUGUCGGAGAUGGGUAUCCUAUUAUGGCCGGCGUAGGAGGCCACUCCACCAAACAAGUCCUCGAAUUCAUCUCCGACGCAUCAGCAGCAGGAGCAAACUACGCUCUAGUCCUGCCCUGUGCGUACUUUGGGAAACAGACAACGCCCAAAGUCAUCAAUACCUUCUACAGCGAGGUCGCAGAGAAGUCCCCACUACCCAUCGUCAUCUACAACUUCCCAGCAGUCUGCAACGGCAUCGACAUCGACUCGGACGUUAUGGUCGACCUGGCAAAGAAGUACCCCGGCAAGAUCGUUGGAACCAAGCUCACCUGCGCGAGCGUGGGCAAGAUUACUCGUCUAGCGUCGACCUUUGAGUCCUCAGAGUUUGCGACUUAUGGUGGCCAAUCCGAUUUCCUGAUCGGGGGGCUGGCUGUAGGGAGUGCUGGGUGCAUUGCUGCUUUUGCUAACAUCUUCCCGAAGACUGUGAGGCAUAUUUAUGAGCUUUACAAACAGGGGAAACAUGAGGAGGCGUUGAAGCUUCAUGGGAUUGCUGCUAAUGCGGAGAGUUUCAGUAAGGCGGGCAUAGCGAAUACGAAGUUUGCAGUCAGUGUUACGACUGCGAGGAGUGCGGGUAUUGAGGAUGCGGAAGCGAAGCUGGUGCCGAGGAGGCCGUAUGAGCCGCCGACAGAUGCGGUGAAGAAGGAUAUCAGGGCGAAGAUGGAGGAGAUGAUUAAGAUUGAGGAUUCGUUGUAG